GAAACAUAAAAAUUAGUGGAUAAAGCGGCAAUUAAGUGGAAUGUUGGAUACGAAAGUGUGGCUGCGAAAGCCGGCUUCGUUUUUUAAAAAAAUGGCAGCGAUGACGGCGAAUGCUGAGUUGGGUUCCAGCAUGAAUUUCACCUCUCAGGACAUCCUGAAUGAGGUUCGGCAUUUUCUACGUGGCACUGUCUAUGAUGGUAAAGUGAACAAAGAAAGCCUAGCGAAAUCUGCCUUGUUUCUGCUCCGUACACUCCCGGCUGCCAGGCAUGCUGUCCUCGAGCAUAUGUGUCACGUUUUUGAUGAGGCUGUCAUGUUACACAUUCAGCAGCUUGAACGUUCAGCAUCUGGUAUUGGUCCAGAACAUAUAGACGACAGUGCCCGUAGUCUAGAACCAAUCAUACAAGAUGCUUGCAGUGUCCUUUUAAACUUCAUCAAGAGUAACCCAGUGGCCUGGGCCCCUAUCAUUUCAGCCUGGUCACUAGGUGUUCUCGGUCACAUAAGUACAAAAUAUGCUGACCAGCGCAAUUUACCAAGAUCCAGCAGUCUCAAUGAAGUCCUACAGCUGUGGAUGACCUGUCCACCCACGAAAACCUUGACCGAAGUGGCAACUGAGUGUUUUGCAGCCAUGGUGAGCAGUGCCCCCGACGUCUGUGUCGAUGCACUACUAGAAGCUUCAGUACAAUACUCUCCACACUUUGACUGGUUUGUGGCUCACAUUGGCUCUUGUUUCCCAAUGACCAUCAUUAGUCGGGUGUUGAUGUGUGGCCUGAAAGAUUUCUGCACCCACCGCAGCAAACGGCCAUCGAGCGUACAAAUGGUGCCGGACAAGAAGAUUCCAAAACUGGCUUCAGUUGUUUGUAUCCUUGGUCAUCUUGCUUCGAAACACUGCCACAGUAUACGGAAGUCUUUGAUGAGUUUAUUCCAGGAUAGCUUCCAGCCUGGUGCUAACAUGUUGACACGACCAACGUUACCAUUUCUCCUACAGCUGGCCUCUAUGUCUCCGAUGCUUCUUCAUAUUCUCACCACAGAUCUGGUGAAGACAUUGUCUCCAACAGUCCUCAACAACCUUCAUUCACAGUUUAUUCCAUGGAAAUCUGCCAACAAGUCUGAAUUCGACAAUUUCCUUCAGCUUGUGAUCCACUUGAUCAUGAAAAGUGAUGUUGGUGCUUACCAAGUCAUAGAAUUCCUUCUCAACUCAGCCUCUCCACUCUCCCCCAAGCAUCAAGGGGCUAUGGAAGAGGAAACCUGCUGUAAUGAGGUACAACAAGUCUGUAAAUAUUUCCUGAAUCAUCUGUGUUCUGAACUCCAAAAAGUUGUCUUCUUGAAGCAAGAGAACAAAAUCAUGGAAGUCCCCCUGUUGAAUUCCCUGUCCAAGUGUCAGGCUGCUUUGGCAAGAGAUUUUCUCAACAGUACAGGUCAAAGGAGUGAAUGGUACCUGAAACUGUUGACCUGUACAGCAUUAUAUGGAUGUUCCAAAGGGACUUGUGAAUCUCUCGCGGUUCUCUUGGUUGAGGCUAAACAACCAUCUCAGCUUGUGAAAUUCCUACAAAUGCAGAAAGAGGUUGAGAUUGGGGACGUGGACAUCCUUCAGUGGACAUUGUCCCACAUAGUGGAUUCGCUACAAACCAAAGAAGAGCAGAACAUCAACCGAUUGAGUUUACUACGGAAUCUUCUCCAUCUGGUUCAGUGGGAGAGGAACUUACCACACCAAGGUGCUGCCCUCUGUCGAUCACAGCUUGUGUCCAACAUCCAUCACCAUUACGAGACAUUCAUGGAACACCUGAACUACCCUGAUCUGUCUGUAUGUGCGAUGACUUUGAAGCUCCUCAUUGCCAUCGGGUUGCCUCCGGCUUCCACCAAUGCAAUGCUCAUCAAAGCCUGCUCCAUACUCACAUCACUGUUCUUUCGUAUUCUUCACUUCACAGAUGGGAUGAAGUCUCUCCACCUGAUCCGACUCUGUCAUUCUUGCUAUGAGAUCUUCUGCAACAUUCGUGUGGCCCAGAGUAUGUGUGUUCAGUUCCUGCUCGAAGAUGCAUUCGCUUCAGAAAAUGCAGCAUUGUUUGGCUCCAAACUGGAACCAUCACUUGACUGGAAGCAGGAUUAUAACAAUGGUGUUGCACUGUUGGAAGAAAACCAGAAGAUGGGUAUGUCGCUGCCACUGCCUCGGUCCUAUUCACGGGUAAACCACGCUGGGAUUAUUGGUUAUGGAUUAAAGCCAAAACCUUUUCAGCCACCAUUAUCAGAGGAACAGAUCUCCCGUAAUCGACAGAGUUUGCUUGACGUGCUGUGGACGUGCAGCUACAGACGUCUCCCACCCUCCACAGACAUUCGUCAGAAACAGAACUCAAUGCCGCUAACUGGCGUCGACCGAAUCUCUUCCAGCUUGUCACGACAGAUUGCUGCAACCCUUGUUGCGCAGCUCACACCAGACAUGUUGUACAAUGGACCAGCAUGGCCCGACGAGGAGUUCAUUAAGGUCACAGUUGAAAGAGACCUCUGGGUUUGGAGGAAAUUUGAAGACAACCCGAUUCUCUGGGAUAUUCUUGAUAACUUUGCACACAGUAGUUCAGUGUUGUUCUACUGCUCGCCAUUGCUCCGAUCCUUAGUGGCCACCCUGAUGAAUUUCUAUGAGAGUUGCCGGACGAAGAAUGCCUCUAAUUCCCCCAAGUACCUUCAUGCAGCAUGUAAAGUCAUUAAUUACAUGAGAAAGAGCAACCUAUUGUCGUCCCCACUCUGUUAUAUUGGUGAAUUAAUGCCAUUGGUCAAAUCUUAUGAACUCUACCUACUUCUACAAACCGUGUGGCGAUAUAUGAAGGAGAACCCCCCUGUCAAUAAUCUCGACCAUCAAAAGAAAGUAUGUGAUGCCAAGUUCUCCACGGUGAUCAGGUCUGUCCUACACGCCAAUAUAGCCCAAACAGGUUCCAUGUAUAAACGGUUCUUCAGUGAUAGCAGUGACACCACGGAUUCUUCACCGAAUGCAACAACACCAGAGAAUAUGGUUGUGGACAAGUAAAGCACGACACAUGGCCGUGUUGGUCAUCUUCUUCAUUCUAGCUUCUUUUGCUGGAGCUUCUGUCAGGGAUUACCGAUUGUUAAUGAGAGUACCAGUCCUCUCUGUCUCUCUGAGUCUGUGUGUGGAUGAGUGUGUUUUUAUGCAUGUGAGUGGAUGAGCAUGUGUGUCAGUGUGUGAUUGUAUAUAUUUGUGUCUGUAUCUGAGAAUGUUAUUAAAUAAAC